AUGGACGGAAAUAUGAGAGAGUGCUGGCUGACACUAACCGACACGUCCGAAGCUAUGACUGGCUUCUUGGAGACGACCAUAUUGGACUACUGCAAUACCAGACCAACCACGAAGCGGAGCACUUGCGAAAAUAAUAUGCGAGUGCUGAGAAAUCGACGUUCUUUCUCGAGCGAUUCACUCUUGCUUGACUGGAAUUCUCAGGCUGGACUUAGUGGAGUAUUGAGAAGGGCUUGCUUCUCCUUCGUCAUUGCCACUCUCCAACGAAAUCAGGAGUGGAAAUUAAAAAUGGCUGUUCCCUUCCUAAGAGUGGUCACGCUACUUUUCUUGUAUUCGGGGCUUUGUUUCGCGCGCACACUUUCCGGAGCGAACAAAGCUGAUUCCAAAGUUGAAAAUCAUGUGGAGGUGACUCCUCUUAGACAUGGUUUAGCAGAAUUGCUGUUCGCUGAACAAGAAAUCAGGCAGGACUCAAACUUUGAUUGUGGACAAGAUCAUCUCGAGCCUCAUACUGAAGAUAAACCAUUUCCCUGCGGCUUCAGCACUUUAAGAGAAGAUCGUCCUGUACUUCUCAGUGGGAUGGAAGCAGCAGAUAAGACCAAGGGUUAUCGGAAGGAUCACAAAGAAGUCCCAAAUCUUGGUCGCAACUUGUUCAGAGAAAGCAAGCUUGAAAUUCUUCAAAGGCUCCCACGAAACACUCCAACUCGGCACUCCUGCCCGAAUAGAGGAACGAGUGACGGGCCAGGUCCUCUCUGAAAAUAUGUUCUCGACAAAUUGUAGCUUUGUCAUCCAAGGCAUUGUAUUGCAAAGUAUUAUGAUCCUGGCUGAGAACUUCCCCAUCUGAGACUUAAGGUAGGAUGUACGCAAGCUAUCCUGUACGUACUUUGUGCAUCGAAUAUAGACCAAAUUAUCAAAUUCUUAUCAAAUUUUGCAAUUUCGAAGAGUUUUAGAUUUUUACAGUAUGCAAACCAAAAACACG